GAGGCCCGGUCGUGGGGAGAGGGCCGAGGGAAGAGUGUGUCAGUGCAGUGGCCAGCAAGGCAGUGAGGAGGGAGGACUGGGCCCCUAGUCUGGACUGCCGGGUGGACAGACGGACCUUCUCUGAGGUUUGGGCUUCGGAUAGAGGGGGGAGGGCCCAGAAUAGCCUCCCUUGAGUAUCAUCACCAGCUGGACCUAAAGGGGCUAGCUGAACCACAUGGCCAUGGAAGGGAUGGGUGUCCUUGGGGGUGCCCCCCGCUUCCUUCGUUUCCCGAGGCCCGUCCGGGUGGUGAGCGGCACCGACGCCAUCCUGCGGUGCUGUCUCACAGGCUCCCCUCCGCCCACUGUUCUGUGGGAGAAGGAUGGGCAAGCACUGGAGGCGUCUAGCCGGCUGCGUCUUCAGACAGAGGGGGCUGAACAUAGCCUUCUGGUAAGAGGAGCUGGGGCCCCAGAUGCCGGAGUCUACGUGUGCCGGGCCCAAAACUCCUCUGGGGAGGCCUAUGCCGCUGCGGCCCUCACCAUACAGGAGCAGCCUCCGGAUGCAGCCCCCAUCCCCGCAGAGGGGUCCUCGAACUCAGCCGAGGAGUCUCCCUCCUCAGUCCCUUUGCGGGGUCCCCUUCCUCUGGCCAGGACACUGAGUCCUCUGCACACAGCUUCAACGUGCCUCUCCUCAGAGCCAGCCCAGACCCAUACUCUUCCACAGGGGAUCCCAGGCUUACUCCCAGAGCCCCUGGGAGGUUCCCCCAUGUUCUUAGAAGGCCCACAGUCUCAGUGGGUGCAGCAGGGUGAGGAAGUAGUACUGACAUGCCGAGUCAGGGGGCAGCCAGAACCAGCAGUGCACUGGGAGAAGGACGGGCGGCUCCUGGAAGAUAUCUGGGAGAGCAGUCACUUCUGUCUGGCAGAGGGCCCAGUGGGGGCUGGGGUCCACGAGCUACGGAUCAGGGGCAUCCGACUACCAGACGCAGGUGUCUACGUGUGCCAUGCGAGCAACACGCAUGGGCACGUGGUGGCUGCGGCCCUGCUCCAGAUCCAGCCCUCUCCAGAUGCCCCUCUGGGCUCUCCCCGACAGGCCCAGAGGGAUUCUGCUGGGCAGGGCUCACCGGCCCCCAAGAGCUUCUGGGUGAGUGAAGGCAAACACGCCAAAUUCCGAUGCUACGUGACCGGGAAGCCUGAGCCCGAGACAGAGUGGCACUGGGAAGGCCACCCCCUGAGCCCCGGGCGCCGGCGCCUGCUCUACCGGGACCGUGAUGGCGGCUUUGUGCUGAAGGUCUUAUACUGCCAGCCCGCUGACUGUGGCCUUUACGUCUGUGCAGCCCGCAACACGGCGGGACACACUCUCAGCGCAGUCCAGCUACAUGUCAGAGAACCCCGAGUACGGUUUGCAGUGCCCCUUGAGGAUGUGGAGGGUGAAGAGCAUGGGGACGCAGUGCUAGAAUGCCAAGUGCCCUCCAGGGGCAUUACCACUACCUGGUAUCGAGAAGACCAGCGGCUGCUGCCCAGCCCCAAAUAUGAGAUGGGGGAGGCGGGGGUCAUACGGCGCCUCAUCAUCCAUGACCUGGAGGCGGACGAUGACGGCAUUUACCUGUGUGAGAUGCGGGGCCGAGUGCGGACAGUCGCCACUGUGGCUGUCAGAGGGCCUAUCAGGAGGAGGCUACCGAGGAAGCUGGAUGUGCUAGAAGGAGAGAAUGCGGUGCUCUCGGUGGAGGUUGGGGAAGCCGAGGUUCUUGGGCACUGGACCCGAGAUGGUCAGGAGUUGCCAGCCUCCCCCCGAAUCCUCCAAACCAGCUCCAACCACACGCACACCCUGGUAUUGGUGGGGGUCACACGCCAAGACGCUGGCGUGGUCACUUUCAGCCUGGGCCCCUCCCACACCUCCUCAAGGCUGAGGGUCAAAUGUGUGAAGCAAGUACCCCCAGGACCCCCAGUGGCCGUUGAGCUGGGCACAGGAGGCAGCAAUGCUGCCCUGCUCAGCUGGAAGCCCCCAGUGCCCACCCCUGAUACGGCCUAUAGCUACCGGCUAGAACGGCAAGAGGUAGGCACGGAUGCCUGGGCACAGUGCCUCACUACAGAAGCAGCCGGUGCCGUGGAGGUGCCAGGAGAUAGCGUGCCAACCGAGGGCGACUACCGCUUCCGACUCUCUGUGGUCAGCGAGCACGGCCAGAGCCCCUACAUCCUCUUUCCAGGCUCAGUGCACUUGGUGCCCACAGCUCGAGUGCAAAGAGCUCUACAGGACGUAUGUGUACGAGAGGGAGAUGAUGCUACCUUCUUCCUGGAGCUCUCCACAGCAGUACAAGGCACCUGGUUCCUGAAUGGGACAGAACUCAAGGCAGGAGGACCGGAAUCCCAAGGAUACCUGGUGCAGCAGCAGGGCACCCAGCACAAUCUGCUCCUCAGAGCCACACGGCUCCAGGACAGCGGGACCCUUGUCACCUUCCUGUGUCCUGGUGUGCACGUCUCUGCCACGCUUCACGUGCAAGAGCCCCCGGUGAGGAUUGUGCUCCCUCAAGAAAAGGUCUCCAUCGAGGCCAUGAGCCCAGAACGACUAGUGCUCACAUGUGAGUUGUCCCGGGCUGGAGCCCCUGUGCAUUGGUACAAAGAUGGACUGGAGAUAGAAGAGAGCAAAGCCCUGAUACUGGAGAAUGAGGGCCUUCAGUGCCGCCUGGUGAUCCCUGCUGCCCAGCCCCAGCACGGAGGCGAGUUUGUGUGCCAGGCAGGAGAGGAUUCGGCUUUCUUUAUGGUCACCAUCAAAGAACCCCCUGUAAGGAUCAUAUUCCCUCAGGAGGAGGUGUCCGUGGCUGCCGAGAGCUCAGAACGGGUGGUUUUGAGAUGCGAGCUAUCCCGGGCUGGAGUCCCCGUGCUCUGGUCCAGGGACGGAAUGGUGGUGAAGGAGAGCGACAGCCUGGUACUGGAGCGUGAGGGCCCCUGCUGCCUUCUGACACUGCCCUCGGCCCAGCCCCAGGAUGGGGGCAGGUUUGUGUGUGAGGCGGGAGACAACCUGGCCGUCUUCAAUGUCACCAUCACAGAGCCCCCUGUAAGGAUCGUGCAACCCCAAGAUGAGGUGUUCCUGACUGCUAUGACCUCAGAGAGAGUGGUCCUCAUGUGCCAAGUAUCGAGGCCCGGAGCCUUGGUGGGCUGGUACAAGAACGGCAUGGAGGUGAAAGAGAGCAAAGACUUGGUGCUGGAGAGUGAGGGCCUCCAACACCGUCUGGUGCUGCCUGCGGUGAGGCCCCAGGACGGGGGCGAGUUUGUAUGCAGCACCAGAGACGACUCGGCCUUCUUCACCGUAACUGUAACAGACCCUCCUGUGAGAAUUAUAUCCCCCCAGGACACGGUGUCCGUGGCUGCCCUCAGCUCUGAGCCAGUAGUCCUGAUGUGCGAGCUGUCCCGGGCCGGAGCCCCGGUGCGCUGGUACAAGGAUGGCCUGGAGGUGGAAGAGAGUAAGGCUCUGGUCUUGGAGAGUGAGGGGCCCCACCACCGCCUGGUCCUACCUGCAGCUCAGCCCCAAGAUGGAGGAGAGUUUGUGUGCAAAGCAGGAGAAGACUCAGCCUUCUUCAAAGUCACCAUCACAGAGCCUCCUGUGAGAAUCCUGUUUCCCCAGGAUGAGGUGUCACUGGCUGCUGUGAGCUCAGAGAGAGUGAUCCUGAUGUGCGAGCUGUCCCGGGCCGGAGCCCCUGUGCGCUGGUACAAGGAUGGGCUGGAGGUGGAGGAGAGUGAGGCUCUGGUCCUGGAGAGUGAGGGGCCCCACCACCGCCUGGUCCUACCUGCAGCUCAGCCCCAGGAUGGAGGGGAGUUUGUGUGCGAUGCAGGGGAUGACUCAGCCUUCUUCCUGGUCACUGUCACAGUACCCCCAGAACGGAUAGUGCGCCCAUCAGCUCGCUUCCUACAGCUGCAGUUCAGGUCCCCUGGUCGAGUGGAGCUUCGCUGUGAGGUGGCACCUGUGGGGGCCCGCGUGUGUUGGUACAAGGAUGGGCUCGAGGUGGAGGCAUCAGAAGACUUGAAACUGGGGGCUGAGGGGCCGGUCCGGACCCUGACCCUGCCCCAUGCCAGACCCGAGGACGCUGGAGAAUAUGUCUGUGAGACCCGGGAUGAGGCCGUCUCCUUUGACGUCCGCCUCGCUGAGUCUCCCGUGCAGUUCCUCCUCCCCGAGGUGGCUCCCUCGCCGCUAUCCGUGUCCCGCGGGGAGCAGUUGGUCCUAAGCUGUGAGCUGUCUAGGGCUAGCGCCCCCGUAUUCUGGAACCUGAAUGGGAGCCGCGUAUUGGAGGAUGGCAACCUGGAGCUUCGGUCUGAGGGUCCUCGGCGCCUGCUGCUCAUCCGGGCUGCCCACCCUUCUCAUUCCGGGAACUACACGUGCCAGGCUGGGUCCGACCCUGGAGCCCCCACCCUCACUUUCCCUGUUCAGGUGACUGAGCCUCCUGUGAGAGUGCUGACACCUGAGGCAUCCCGGACCGGGGUUCGAUGCGCCCCAGGCAGGGACCUGGAGCUGGCAGUGUGUCUUUCGGGGCCUGGGGGGGCCGUGCGCUGGUACAAAGACGGGGAGCGGCUGGCCAGCCGGGGGCGGGUACGGCUGGAGGAAGCCGGGGCACGGCGGGUGCUUCGGGUGCGGGGGGCACGGAGCGGGGAUGCCGGCGAGUACCUCUGUGAUGCCCCCCAGGACAGUCGCAUCUUCCUCGUCAAUGUGGAAGAACCCCCCCAGGUGAAGCUAGUUUCAGAACUGACCCCACUGACCAUCCAGGAAGGUGAUGAUGCCACAUUCCGCUGUGAGGUCUCCCCACCAGAUGCAGAGAUCACCUGGCUUCUAAAUGGGACUUCAGUUACCCCCAGCAGCCGGGUAGAAAUAAGCCAGAAUGGUCCAAACCACACCCUAACCCUUCAGGGCUGCCGGAUGAGUGACUCUGGCAUGGUGACCGCCCGGACCACGGGGGCAGAGACUACGGCCCGGCUCCAUGUCAGAGAGGCUGAGCUGCUGUUUUUGCGGAGGCUACAGGAUGUGCGCACUGAAGAGGGCCAGGACCUGUGUAUGGAGGUGGAGACCAGCCGAGUUGGGGUGAAAGGAAUAGUGAGCUGGUUUCGAGGGGGAAAGCCUCUUCCUGAAGACGACAGGUUCUCUGUGGUUCAGGAUGGCCGAGUUCAUCGCCUGAUCAUCCGCAAAGUCACGGUGAGUGACCAGGGCAUCUACAGCUGCAAGAGCCACCACGACCGUACUCAGGCUCGGCUGCUCGUAAGGCCUGAGCAGCUGAAGGUUCGGCAUCGCCUCGAGGACGUGGUUGUCACUGAAGGGGGCAGUGCCACCUUCCAACUGGAGCUGUCUCAGUCUGGGGUGGUUGGAGAAUGGGCCCGGGGAGGAGUCCGGCUGGAGCCCGGUCGGAACUGCCAAAUCAGUGCCCAGGGCCACAAUCACUCACUGGUGCUCAGUGGUCUCGGCCUGGCUGAUACUGGAACCGUGUCCUUUACCACCGACACCCUGCGCUGCGCUGCCCGGCUAGAAGUGAAAGAAAUACCUUUAGCUAUUGUGAGGGGGCUCCAGGACCUAGAAGUGAUGGAGGGUGACUCAGCAACAUUUGAGUGUGAGCUGUCCAGGACCCAGGCCGACCUUACAUGGGAUAAGGACGGCCAGGAGCUGUCGCCCAGCCCCCGGCUGCGGAUCCAGGCUCUCGGCUCCCGCCGGCUCCUCCAGCUUCGGCACUGCAGCCCCGCUGAUGCGGGCACCUACCGCUGCUCCGUGGGGAACGCCCAAGCUACGACUGCCCGCCUCACCGUGCUGAAGAGGGAGGUGUCAGUACUCCUUGAACUAAAGCCCGUGAGGGCCCGGGAGGGCGACGGCGCCACAUUCAAGUGUACUGUGUCCGAGCCCGACAUCCCUGGUUGCUGGCAGCUGGGAGGCCGCAUCCUGCGCCCAGGGGGCCGUGUCCGAAUCCGACAGGAAGGGAACAUGCACUCCCUGAUGCUGAAUGAGCUGCAGGCUGAGGAUUCUGGGGAGAUCCAAUUCCAGGCUGGACAAGCAAAGUCCUCCACUCAACUGGAGGUUGAGGCCCUGCCUCUCCAGAUCUGUCGUAAACCCCCUCGAGAGAAGACAGUGUUAGCGGGCCGGAGGGCAGCCUUAGAAGUGACUGUGUCCAGGGCAGGUGGCCACGUUCGAUGGCUGCUGGGUGGAGUCGAUUUGCCUCCUGGACCAAAGUAUGAGUUUCGAAGCCAUGGUGUCACCCACAGUCUGAUCAUCCACAAUGUCCAGCCCACUGAUGAGGGCACCUACUGCUGCCAAGCUGGAGAGGACAGUGCCAGUACUAAUCUGCUAGUGGAGAGUAGCUAGAACCAGCCCCAGACACAGGAUGGAUGCCCGCGGACAGAUGAGGAGCCCGAACAGUCUCCGGGUCUGGGGAGCGUGGAGAGGGGAGGGGCAGGGGGAAAUAAACACAGCCCAGUCCUUCUGCCCACCCAUCAUCCCUCGGGCUCUCUGCGGUGUUUGGUCACCGCUCUGACCAUCCACACAUGUCACCGAGUGGCCAAAACUUUCACUAUUCAACCUCCCCCCCCCCCGGGGGCUGCUGGGAAACCACUCCUGGUUCAGGCCUUUGAAUUUGGCACAUUUAUAAAAGAUGUAAAACGAGAAGAGGACGAGGAGAAAGAGGAAGAGGGGGAGGAGGAGGAGGAAAAGGAGACAAAAGCACGAGGUGUCUGGAGUAGAACAAAAGACACCAGACAUGCACCGUGCACAAGCUCCCAAAACCCAC